AUGAUCAUUGCAGACUGCCUGACGUCACCUGCGCGACCCGAAACGUUCUUCCCCGUGGCAGCUGAAAAGAUAUUACGAUCAACAAUUCAAAACUGCCAAGAAGAAGAAAUUCCCGAAAAGGUCUUACCAUUCCAAAAUUUGGAAUAUUUAACGAUUUCUUGCGCUACAAUAAAUGUGGUAAAUAAAAACGCAUUUGCCAACUUACAACUGUUACGCGAGCUCAAUUUAGCAAACAACGCAAUUUCGGACUUUCCAAACGAUAUCUUUGAAUCGCAACAGGAAUUACAGAAACUAAAUUUAUCCGAAAACAAUUUUGUCACGAUACAACAAAACCUAUUUAAAGGACUACGACAAUUAACAUCUCUUUCACUCUCUCAUAAUAAGUUAUCUGAUUUCGAUAUGAAUUCCCUUCGAGAAAUUACACAAAUUAAAGAAUUAUUUCUUCAUAAUAACGAAAUUAGUUUUCUUCCACUAAAAAUGUUCCAUGCAUUAAAACAGCUUGUUAGGCUUCAUCUCUCGCAUAACAAAAUUGAAACAGUCGAAGGGAUAUUUAUGUGGAUGUACGAACUGAAAUAUUUAAAUUUAUCUCACAACGUUAUUAAGAGUGCACUAUCUCAGAAUCUUCACAACACCCAGUUGGAAAUACUUGAUCUGUCAUUUAACGAAUUAACCGUUAUUUACGAGGAUUCCUUUCCGCUUCAAACUCUUGAGGAAUUACACUUGCAGAAUAACAAAAUUCAUAUCAUCGAGAUAAAGGGAGUCGACCAUUUUCCAUUAAAGGAAUUAGAUGUACGAAACAAUAGACUGGUUUUCUUAGAAGAUGAGUUCAUUACAAAAGCAACUUCUCUAGAAACGUUACAGGUUGAAAACAAUCCAUGGGACUGCAAGUGUUUCGAACGUAUGGCACUGUUACGCGGUAACUUUUCUUUGGACUUAAGUCAACCAUAUCGAGAUGGAGAAGAACCAAUAUGUGUAACUGAGAGCGCCGACACAUGUAAUCUACAUAGAGACAAGCUAAAUAGGUACUAUGAAAUUCUCGCAAGAUAUUGGACGUUACGUUGAAGAUUUUCUGUAUGAAAUUUGAACAUGAAAUGUUUGUGCAUCAAUAAAUUAAUUUAAAUUGAGUUGAAUAAAUCAUAUUUGUUCAAACAUACUCUCCUACACAAUAUAGUGCAAAUAGAGCAAAAUAAACACUUUAUGGGAUCUGAUUAAGAAAUAUUGUAGUACUAUAGUUAAGCUAAGAUCUUUACGCAAAAUUAAUUAGUAUACUUAGAUGUUUUUAU